ACACUCAGCCCCUGGCGACCGGCGAGAGGAGUCGCGAUCGGCCAACUUCCCCAUCCCGCCGCGCACGUGUUGUGUGUCUCCGCGCCGAGGCUUUUUCCGAGCCGAGGACUCUCGCGCCUGCUGCGCGUCGUGCCGCGCCAACCCAAGCUGCCCGACUCACCGUCGAGUGUCCGGCGUGUUCCUCGGCGUCCCCGUGUGCUCUGAACCUCGAGGAAGAGGCUUUGCGCGCGAGCUGCCAGACGCAGUGCCGCCAGCGGCGUCGAUUCCCGACCGGUGGCCCGUGGCGGGGCUCCCUCUUGUGGCACCCCCUCCUCCCUCCCCCCGCACAGACCCCACCUGCAGCCCGCGUGUCGGGCCCCCUGGUUUGGCCACGAGUCGUCGGUGCGUCUUCGGCUCGUGCUGGGGCUGACGCUCCGUCUGCUGCGGAUUAGGGACCAGAGUUUAUUUUGGUCACGUGUGCACUGCCCGGUUUGUCAACACCUCGGACGGACUAACCCCGACCUUGCAAGACAGAAGCCGCCGAGAGAUACGGACUCGAGACAAGCCUGUAUGCGCUGGCAAGCCUGGAACGCGCUCGGGCGCCUUGCCUAAUUAGAGCCCUCGUCCCGUGCACUGGCUGCUCUGUCCCGGCGCAAAGCACGCGAACCGUCCAGGGCGUGCAACGGCCAACGCGCUGCGGCUACGUUUCGCUGCAAACGCCACGCGUGGCCUCCCGGACACAAGAAUUCCAAUGUCUGCCACCUUGUGACACCAGAGUUCGCUCCUAUACCUGAAUGCCUCCGCCGGAGCUCACGGUUGUACAAGGCACUGUUUGGUGAACCCUCCUCCUCCUCCUCAAGUACCACGGAAGCAGCUUUCAUUAUGGUGCAGUCUCUUGAAGCCCUCUCAACAUGCUAGAACUGCCCGACCGUCAUGACGUAACUGAGCCAUGGAAGCCCCCCAGCGCAGCAUGGACACGGGCCAGCAGCCACCUGUAGUGGCCAGCAUGACCCCGGAAGAUUGUCCAGCGUCCGCCGCCGAGCGCGGCGACAAGUCGGCCGACGGCGGCAGCCCCCCGAGCCAACAGUUCAAAGAGGACCCGGCCGACGCGUCGGAUCAGAGCUCAUCGCUGAGCGAUGUGGAGACGUUCACGGGCAAGAUCGUAUAUAACCCGGACGGGUCUGCCUUCAUCAUCGAGACUGCGACCGCGGGGGACUCUGAUGGGGUCAGCGACGAGGACUGCAGCCUGGAUCUGCCCCACCAGGAGGGUAGCAUCGUGGACGGGCCGGGCGUCACACCACCACCGGUCAUCCCGCAAGUGGUGAACGCGUUUCACAUAUCGCGGAACCCGGCCCUAUACAGCGCCCUGUAUGGCCAGGCGUACAGCUUGCUCCAGGAAAAGAAAAAGGUACCAGAAGUUCCCAUCAUGCACAGCUACCGAGUCUUCUCAGUACGGGACCAAAAGGACAGGGAGGACAAGAGCACUGCCGAGGACGACACAGACGAAGCCAGCGAUGUCAAAAAGCCCGGCCGGCCAGCCGGGUGGAAUAGUCUGCUGAGCAACAGCCUUCCUGUUCUUGAUCAUCCAUCGGUUCCCAUCAAGCCGAUCCUGAUGUGCUUCAUCUGCAAGCUGUCCUUCGGUUUCACCAAGUCCUUCGUUGGCCACGCGAUCGGGGAGCACGGUAUCACGCUCACUGACGAGGAGCGCCACAUGAUGAAUCAGAAGAACAUCUCUGCCAUCAUCCAGGGGGUGGGAAAGGACAAAGAGCCUCUGCUGUCCUUUCUCGAGCCCCUCCCCGCGCAGGGGUCCAGCAGCCCUUGCGGUGGCAAGUUCCAUCCCAAAACACCCGUCGCCAGUAGCUCAUCUUCAAGUUCCGUAGUACCGGCCGAGGCUGGAGUCGGGCCACUCCAAAGUGCCAACACCAAUGGUCCGAACGCCAUGUUCUCCCAAAGCACCUGCAAGAGCCCCCAAGCACCGGUGCUGUCACCGCCUGCCUCAUCGGACGUCAGUCAUCGGCAAGACGAGACGCUAGCGCCCGAGCUCGAGGACUUGGCCAACAUCGAGAAGAUCGCCAAGGCGGCUGCGGCUGCUGCGGCUGUCGUUGAGAACCCACCCGUCACGACAACGUCAACGGCGGCAAUGGCGGUUGCAGCGGCGGCGGCAGCGGCAGCAGCGGCAGCGGCGGAAGUGGCAGGUCUGCCGCCACCCAGCAGUGGCGACCUCCUACCGCGAACGUCGCCGUCAUCAAUGGACCGGCCCACGAGCGCGGGGAGCUCGUCGUCCCCGGGCGUGUCGCCGAAACUGAUCCCGGGCCCGCAGGCCACGUUUAUGAACGCGUGUCCGUCGCCCGUGGUGUCCUGCCCACAACAUCCAGAUGGGAAGACGAAUGGUGUUGAGUGCCCCAAGUGUGACACUGUUCUUGGCUCGUCACGGUCUUUGGGUGGCCACAUGACGAUGAUGCACUCGCGUAACUCGUGCAAGACGCUGAAGUGCCCAAAGUGCAACUGGCACUACAAGUACCAAGAGACCCUAGAGAUCCACAUGAAGGAAAAACAUCCAGAAAACGAGCUUAACUGCAUUUACUGCCUGACGAGUCAACCGCAUCCGCGGCUAGCUCGGGGCGAGACGUACACGUGCGGCUACAAGCCAUACCGCUGCGAGGUCUGCAACUACUCGACGACCACCAAGGGCAACCUGAGCAUCCACAUGCAGUCCGACAAGCACAUCAACAACAUCCAGGAGCUCCAGAACGGCAACUUGCAGGCCACUCCCGAGCAGCUCCUCCAGCAGCAGCAGCCGCCGCAGCAGCAGCAGCCUCCGGCCUUGCCGGAGGCCGUCAAGAAGCCCGGGCCAGCGGCCAAACCCAAGGCGACGUGGCGGUGCGACGUGUGCAAUUACGAGACAAACGUGGCGCGGAACCUGCGCAUCCACAUGACCAGCGAGAAGCACACGCACAACAUGAUGGUCCUGCAGCAGAACGUGAAGCACAUGCAGCAGCUGAGCGCUCUGCAGCAGGCCCAGGCCCUGGACCCGCUGUUCCAGUUCCACCCGGGCCUCUUGCUGCCCUGCGACGGCCAGCUGCAACCGGAGGCGGCGCUCGCGGACAUGGCUUACAACCAUGCCUUGCUCAUGAUGGCCUCCCAGCAGCACCAGCAGCAGCAGGCCCUGGCCGCGGCCGCCGCAGGCUCACCGCUCGCCUCCCCGACCAUGGACAUGGAGCAUCCGGACCCAACGCUGCGCCUGGAGCUCUCAACCGACGACACGUCGCAGCUGUUCCAAUGCUGUGUCUGCGGUUUGUUUUCAGUGGACUCGGUGGAGGCCCUCGGCGCCCACUUCCAACAGGACCGCACGCGUCAGCGCGAAGACGAGGUCCUCAUGGCGGUGGCCGGCAGUUACGUCUGCAAGCUCUGCUCCUACAAGACAAACCUGAGGGCCAACUUCCAGCUCCACUGCAAAACGGACAAGCACCUGCAGAGGCUGCAGCACGUGAAUCACAUCAAGGAGGGCGGCCCGCGCAACGACUGGAAGCUCAAGUACGUCAACGUCAGCAAUCCCGUCCAGGUGCGCUGCAACGCGUGCGACUACUACACCAACUCGGUGCAUAAGCUCCAGCUGCACGCGGCCAGCGCCAGACACGACCUAGCCGCCAGGCUCUUCCUCUUCCUCGUGGCGGCCGAAGGCGCGCUCCGGGGCGACGCGGCGCGCCACUACCAGUGCACCGCGUGCGGCUUCCAUUCGCGCACACGCAGCGGCCUUGUGGGCCAUGCGCACUCGCUGCGUCACCUGCAGCAUGCACGUCCCAAGGACGAAGCGGCCGACACCUGGAAGGACCUCUUCGUCGUCAAGGAGUUCGCGGGCAACGAGCACGUCAGCUUCGACGUCGACCUCGAAAACAAAGGUACGGAAGCAAUGGAAAUGGACCUACCGCCACCAGUAUUAUCUCUGGAAGACCACGAAUCAGUCACCAAGUCAGGAGGUCCGUCAAGUCCAAGUCCAAUGCUAAAGCAAGCCUUGCUCGAAAACGCCGCCAAAGCCGAAGCUUCCGCUAGCUCCCAGUGUUCUGAAGAAGAGAAGGCCAACGAAGGGCAGGCCUGCAAUAUGUGCAGUUUUUCUGCGAAGAACCAGGCGCUGCUACAGGCGCAUGUCGUGUCCCAGCAUUCCUCCCAGCAGCAAGCACAACAGCCUAAGUCGGUGCAGUGUCCGCUCUGCCAGGAGCAGUUCAAAGAGCUCAACAAAAUUGAAUCCCACCUCGUUGAGACCCACAAUGUGACAUCAGAAGGGAUGCAGCGGCUUCUCGCCCUUGUCGACACAUCGGUAUGGGCGACGGCAACGACCUCGUCGAAACGAAGCAAAUCUCGAGCUUCAAGUCACGCAGCAGUACACGGAGGAACCGAAGACUCUGAUAGCGCUGACGCCGACUGCCACGCUAGUGAUUCCGAAAGCAAGGAUAAGACAGCAUCUGACGACACCUUGUGCGCGGAGGAUCUCACUUGCAGUGCGUGCGGAAAAAGCUUCGGCGUUUUAGAGGAUUUGUUCAGUCACCAGAUCGACACAGGCCACUUGGAACUGAAGCAAACUCCUCGGGGACCCGGUUACUUGUGCUGGAAGAAAGCGUGCAACCAGUACUUCAUGACGCCGCAUGCUGUCCAGGUACAUUUCAAGGAGAUCCAUUCCAAGAAAACGCAGCAGCAGCAACAGCACCAAUUGGCGGUGUCCGAGCGUCACGUGUACAAGUACAGGUGCAACCAGUGCAGUCUGGCCUUCAAGACGCUGGAGAAGUUGCAGCUCCACUCCCAGUACCAUGUGAUCCGAGCGGCCACACAGUGCGUCCUCUGCGGACGGAGCUUUCGCUCUGUCGCUGCACUCCAGAAACACGUGGAGACGUCGCACAUCGACAUGACGCCGGAAGAACUGGAGCAGUACAAGGCCAGCUUAGUCAACAACCCCUUGCUCACCAGUGGUGGUGGUGCUGUGUUAGAUCCACAAACAACUGAAUUGCUCAAGAAGGAAAGCAACCGGGAAGAGGACGGCGUGUUGGACGAAUUGAUGGACACAGACGAUGUAGCACAUCUGAACGACAACGACAGUGGCGUUGAAGCAAUGGACACGGGUCUAGCAGCUUUGACCGAGGGUGCUACUUUCAAAGAGCAGUUCUUUGAGGAUUAUAUCAACAGCCAGGCUAUUGCUGAAGAUAGUUACAACGAUCCCACUCGUAAAUACAAGUGUCAUCGCUGCAAAGUAGCAUUUACACGCCAGAGCUACCUCACAAGUCACAACAAGACAUUUCUCCACCGGAAGGAAGAGAAGCUUAGCUAUCCGAUGGAGAAAUACUUGGAUCCAAAUCGGCCCUACAAGUGCGACAUCUGCAAGGAAUCGUUCACACAGAAAAACAUUCUGCUGGUUCAUUACAACUCAGUGUCUCAUCUGCACAAGCUCAAGCUGAGCCUCAAGGAUGGAGGUGUUCCCAUGCAGACCACUGCAAGUGCAAAUACAACGGCGCUUACAAUUACACCAAGCAGUAACUGCAGCAAUAAUGUUGGUACCGUACAGACGAUUGUCGCACCCCCACCAUCUCCAACUUCCUCCCAGGUCCUGGCGCUGUCACCAACCAAUAACAACAACAAUGACACUGAGAAGAAACCAUUCAAGUGCAACAUCUGCAAAGUGGCAUAUACGCAGUGCUCCACCCUGGACAUUCACAUGAGGUCUGUGCUCCACCAAACGAGGGCGUCCAAGCUUCAUGAACUCGCAAUGACCGGGCAGGUUGAUUUGAGUACACCCUUGAUCGAGAAACCAGAAUCCGGUCUGGGGUCUCCAUCGGACUCUCACCAAGCAUCGCAGCAAAAGUGCUUGUCGGAUAUGCUCUCUUCAAGCAAACCAACAACACCGAGUCGAGAACCAACAUCAAAACAUGCAGAACUAUCGUCACAGAGUGCUCCAUUAGGUGUUUCCGUACCAACAACGUCAGUGUCCGUUAGUGUUUCAACGACCGCUCCCUCUAAAGAACACGCCGAAGUCGGCUGUUUGCACCACACUAUGAACUCUACUAUGUCACACGUUGGUCAACAACCAGUGCUGCUUUCAUCACAAAUGGCAUCUGCGCAAGGAUUGGCCACAUGCAAUCGAUGUAACGCUAUCUUCAUGUCUCAGGAAGCCCUCGUUCAGCAUCAGCAGCUGUACUGCGUGAUGUCUUCGGCAACUCAGUCAGCGUCUCCGAUGCUUGUGGCGCCGAAGCACCCGGUUCAUGGACACCAUAACCAGCACCACGCGCCGCAGCAGUUGAUGCCGGAGGGCCAGCUGAACAGCCCUCAACUUCAGGCGGCUGCAACGGCGACCCAACAACUGCUUCGACUGAGGUCACCGUACCCGCGCACAAAGCCACCAAUGUAUAAACAUCUCCUCGAGGGUUUUGGAUUUGACGUGGUGAUGCAGUUCAACGAGUUCAACCAGAAACGUAUGCGGAGGGACGCGGAGAAGCGAGAGCAGAUUCUCCAACAUCAGCAGCAAAAGAAGGAAGAUGUGGAGGGGCCAACGUCUCCGAAGGCAGAUGCGGUGCAAAUAAAAAAAGAGGUGCUGGACAGUGAACCUGAGAAGGAGAACACGAUGCCCGAGAUCAACCGGUCAGUCUGCAAUCUCUGUCAGAAGGAGUUCUCGAGCAUUUGGGUACUGAAGGCUCACCGGGAAGAGGUCCACCAUGACGUAGUGCCCCUCGACUUCGUGUCCAAGCUUGCAGACGACUUCCGGACGGAGUACGACAAGAAGAAUGCGUCGCAGGUUUCCGCAGAGGAGGGUAUGCUGGACCUUGCAGGCAGCCAGGCCGCCGGCGGCCAGAACGACCCGGCUGCGCCGGGUACUGCCGCGGCCGCUGCAGCGGCGAAUGUUGCCAGUGGCGGUAGCGGCACCCCCGGACAGUCUCCGCAGCUUCCAACACCCGCCUCGGUCACGCCGCCGGUGUCGCUGUCGGUGGCCCCGCAAGUGAGCCAGCAGCAGCAACAACCAGUGUCAGAAGCAUCCGCCGUGACGGCCAACCAGAUGGCGGCUCAGCUUCAGUUCAACCAGUUGCUAAUGAGCAUGGGCCUUGGAAUGGGGCUGCCCAUGGGAAUGAACAUGCCUUUCGCGGCCGCCAUGAACAUGCACCCGCCGUUAAUCCCCGUGGUGAUGCCGCCCCACAUGGACCCGCUCAUGUCAUCCGCCUUCAACCACCCCAUGAUGCCGGGCGCCAUGGACCCCAGCUUCUUCGCGGCCCAGCAGAAGCUGCUUCAGCAACAGCACCAGCAAUUGGCCCAGGCGCAGCAACAGGCCCAGCAGCAAAAGCGCGCUAGAACGCGCAUCAGCGACGAACAGCUACGCAUCCUGCGGGCCUACUUCGACAUCAACAACUCCCCCACAGAGGAGCAGCUCAUGGAAAUGUCCGAGAAGUCCGGGCUGCCUCUCAAGGUCAUCAAGCACUGGUUCCGCAAUACCCUCUUCAAGGAGCGCCAGCGUAACAAGGACUCGCCGUACAACUUCAACAAUCCUCCGUCGACCUACCUCAACCUCGAAGAGUACGAGAAGACGGGAGAGGCCAAGGUGAUUGCGCUGUCCGAGAAGAACAACAACGCCGAGGAGAGCAGCACCCCAGUUGCUGCAAAGCCGGCGCCGGUGUCUUCGGCCGGCAAGGAGGCGCCGUCUUCGUCGACGACGUCGUCGGAAACCGUCGUCAAGAAGGAGGUGAUUAAAGAGGAGGCCCGCGUUGAGGCGGCCAACACGGACACCCAGGACAGCAUUGCGUCGUCUAACACGACGCAGAACGGGGAGGGCGCCCUUUUAACUCCUAAGCUGGAGACCCCGGCUUCUAACACUUCGCAGCACAACAACAGCAGCCUCGCUAAGUUCGAGUUCCUGCGCUCCCUGACGUCUCGGCUGUCCGUGGACCCGCCCCUGGACCUGGCGUCUCCGGUGCAUGAUGGCAUGCUGUUGGGAACGCCACCGCCCCUGCUGGAGCGGUCCUCGAGCACGACGCCCACGCCGAUGACGUCGACACCCACGGCCGGAUCCUCCGGGAAGCGGGCCAACCGGACCAGGUUCACAGACUACCAGAUAAAGGUGCUUCAGGAGUUCUUUGAGACGAACGCCUACCCCAAGGACGACGACCUCGAGUACCUAUCCAAGCUUUUGAACUUGAGUCCGCGCGUCAUCGUCGUCUGGUUCCAGAAUGCCCGCCAGAAGGCCCGCAAAGUGUACGAGAACCAGCCGCCGUCUGCGCCGGAGGACGACGGCUCGGGGAGGUUCCAGAGGACGCCGGGGCUCAACUACCAGUGCAAGAAGUGCCUGCAGGUGUUCCAGCGCUACUACGAGCUGAUCAAGCACCAGAAGACUUCCUGCUUCAAGGACGAGAACCCGCUCGCUGUGCAGCUCAAGGCUGCUGCCACCGGCAGUGGAACUGGAGGGGGCAGCGGCAGCGGGGGCGGCGGAAGUGGAGACGACCGCAGCAUGGUGAGCGUCUCCAGUCCCGCUUCCCCAAGGACCCCAGAACCCCCCAGUAAGAGCCCCCAGAAUGGCUCGUACCGGUGCGACAAGUGCAGUCUGGUGUUCCCACGCUUCGACCUCUGGCGCGAGCACCAGAUCGUGCACAUCAUGAACCCCAACCUGUUCCCCAACUACCCUCCGAACUCUUCGUUUGGCAUCCUGCAGUACGAGGGGCAACAACAGCAGCAACAUCAGCAGCAGCAACAUCAGCAGCAGCAGCCACAGCAGCAGCAGCAGCUUUCACUGCCGUCGCCGCAGCAGCAGCAGUCGUGGAAGCGGAAGCUGGACGACGACCAGCCGCAGCAGCAGCAGCAGCAGCAACAGGACAACAAGGAUCCGAUGGCGGACCCACCGCGCGACAAGCGGCUCCGGACCACAAUCCUUCCCGAACAGCUGGACUACCUGUACCAGAAGUACCAGAUGGAGAGCAACCCAAGCCGCAAGAUGCUAGAAAAUAUCGCGCGAGACGUGGGCCUCAAGAAGCGUGUAGUGCAGGUAUGGUUCCAAAAUACGCGGGCGCGCGAACGGAAAGGUCAGUUCCGGGCGCACCAGCAGGUGAUCCACAAGCGGUGUCCCUUCUGCCGAGCCCUCUUCAAAGCCCGCUCGGCACUCGAGUCUCACCUGGCGACUCGGCACGCGGACCUGUACAGCAAGGGCGAGUUGAACAUCGACUCGUUUCCGGAUGGCGACGCGGACUCCAACCCAGGAACUCCGACCAGCAGCGCUUCCGAGGAGAGCAAGGCCAUCUCGCCCUCCGCGGGUUCGGACCUUGUGCACAACACGAUGAAGAAGUACUACGAGGAUUCGCUUAAGAAGUACCUGGACGAGAUGACGGGCGCGCCGACAGACCUCAGUGUCAAGCCCAAGGCCUGCAAGGGAGAAGCCGGUGGCGGCGAGGCCCCCCUGGACCUGAGCAAGCCCCUGCGCCUGGACUCGGAUAGGUCCGGUGACCACCUGUCGGUCAGCGAGAAGAGCAUGGACCUGAGGAUCGGCGUCUCCGACGACGCGCGCUCCGAGACCCACUCCGAGUCUACGGACAACAUGGAUGGCGACGACUCGUUCUUCGAGUCCAACCCGACCUCGCCCCUGGGGAUGCACGGCGGAGGGGGGCAGCAACCGUCACGCCCAGUCUCGGGCUCCGGAAAGAGGUUUCGCACACAGAUGACCACCGUCCAGCUCAAGGUGAUGAAGUCCAUCUUUGCCGACUACAAGACGCCCUCUAUGGCAGAGUGCGAGAUGCUAGGCCGCGAAAUCGGACUGCCCAAGCGGGUCGUCCAGGUGUGGUUUCAGAACGCCCGCGCCAAGGAGAAGAAGUCCAAGCUGGCGUUCGCCAAGACCUUCGGUCAAGAGAUGGAGCCUCCCAAGCCCCCGGAGGAGUGCUCCCUCUGCGCCGUUAAGUACAACCACCAGUUCAGCAACACCUCCAUGCAGGACCACCUCUUCUCCAAGCGGCACAUCGACGCACUGCGCAACCACAUCGACAACAUCAAGAAGAUGACUGACGACAGCAGCACCGACCGGACUGCCGCCGCCGACCACGACAAGCCGCCCAGCCUGGUGCAGCAGCUUCAGAUGCUGGGCCAGGGCCUGCCGCCCAGCUUCGCCCUUCCCUCGAGCUCGCCCAAGGACGCCGCCGCGCCGCCGGCCAAGGAGGACCGCAAGGUCGUCGUCGACGAGCCCAAAAAGGAGGACACCUCCCAGGCGCCCCAGGCGCCCCCCCAGGCGCCUCAAGCAGGCGACGCCGGCGCCCUGGUGCCCUACCUGUACGCGGGACUGCCGGGCUACUACCCGGGGAUGCCCGGCGCCGCCGCCUUCAUCCACCCCACCUUGUUCUCAGGUAGGAACAAGCUAUGAUGCCGCUCUGGACCCGCUCUCGAUCCGACCGCGUACUGCACCGUGCCUCUUCGUAUUUAUUCUGAGCCCGUAUAGGGCUCGACCAGUUCCUAAAGAAGCGCGUGCCCACUGCGGACCCAUGGUGUGAUGGUGACGGUCGGUGGUUCUCUCCCUGCCUGUAGAUAGGCCGCAAGCGCCGCUUGCCACUUUUCCGCGCUCCGCGCAAGUGUUAUCUCUCGGCGACUCUGCCGCUUCCGAUGGGCUUUGUUGGUCGCCGCUGGCGAGCUUUCAUUCUUCGGUUGUACACGUUCUGGAAUCGGGUGGAUGCAUUUAUAAUUAUUACGAAGAUAUCUGGAAUCACGUCAGCGGACGCACAAGUGAACUUGAGUAGAUAUAAAUAUAUAAAUACUGUUUCUCUACUUUUGGGUUCGUUUCUCCUGAUGUGAGAGUGUCCUGGCAUUUAUGCAUAUUAUGACUGCACUCGUUGUUGUUGUGAUGGUUACCAUAUUUGGUAGGGCGCGCCGUCUGUCUGUACAGUAUGAACUUGUGUGACAAGUGCUAGUGUUUUUGUCAGUUUAUGCAUGUAGGUUUUAUCCUUUCCCGAAAUUUAUUUUCUCUAGUUUCGUGUCCCUAGUGCCUUUGUUUUGUUUUCUCUCUGAAUGUAGAAGGACUGCUGGAUCAUGUUCUCCAUUUUGUUUGUUGGCACGUAAAUCCUGUGCUUUGUCCUAAACUGUUUGGUUGCAAAGCAAGGUGACACAAUGAAAGUGCAUUUACUACCAAAGUGAGAGUGUUCUUUAAGUCUGCAUUUCAUUUCUUUCGGUCUGUGUUCACUGUCUCUUAUUUUAUGGCGUGUGUGACUUCUCUAAGUCGGACUGAAAGCAUUUUUUGUUUGAUUUUUUUUUGCAAUGUUUGCUCUUAAGAUAUGUGCAAGUUGAUGUAUGCCUUCUGGUACCUACUUUUUGUUUGUGUCCCAUUCUAGGAAUUGAAUACCAAAAUCAUUCCUUCCCCAAAGACAACUAUACUAGUUUCCUCUCCGACUCCCAUUAUUAUUAUUAUUAUUAUUUUAUUAUAAUUAUUAUUAUUAUUAUUUGUGUCACUGCUAGUGAUUCUAUUCUGUUUUGUAUAUAUAUAUAUAACGAGUGUUACAUGAAUAAAAUGUGUUUCUGUAAAGCUUUGCUUGUAUAGAAAAGCAAAAAUAAAGUGUUUCUCUUGUUUUUUACAUUA